GGAUUCAAGCGUCGCGAGCUCCCUGCUCCGGUCAGUAACUACAAAAUGGCUGCAGAGGCUCCGCCGCCGCCGCCGCCGACGAGGUCCCGCUGAACGCUUCACGGCUUGUGAAAGUGUUCCCACUACAUUUGGCGCAGACAACUGGGAUUGGAGGCAGCCCCCUUGGAGUGCAGCCACACAAGUUAUUUUCGGGGCCAGUUCCGAACACUAGGAGUGCGGACUGUGAGAAGAAGCAAAACUCACGAGAAGACAACCAUUUGAUGGAAGAUAAGAAAAAGAAAAAGCAAGAAGAGAAGAAAAAGAAAGAAGCCGCUCAGAAAAAGGCCACAGAACAGAUAACCAAAGUGCCAGACUCUGCCAAGCUCGAUCCCGCCCCUCCUCUUCCCCCCAUCAACCCCAGUGCCGCCCCGUCUGUAGCCCCAAGCAGUGGCAAUGGCAAGCGCGCUCCCUCCGGAGGUCAGCCACAGACAGCACAACAGCCCCAGACUCUGCUCCAGCAGCGCUACCCACCCAGAGAGGUGCCCCCUCGCUUCCGCCAGCAGGAGCACAAGCAGCUGUUGAAGAGGGGUCAGCCUCUGCCCUCUGGAAGCCUGCUUCUCACCGCCACAACACGUCCCAGCACUACUGAACCUGCAGCAGCAGCUGUACCCGCAAACUCCUCUCCCUCCUGCUCCUCUUCCUCCACAGCCAGCCUGCCUACAGAACUGCCCCCCCAGAGCAGCCAGGGAGCCCAGUAUGAUAAUCCCCUCUGGGGACACCUGCCAACUAAUAGGAGUGCCACAAGUGCUGCCUCUUCCACCAAUCUCAGUGGUUGGGACCAACUGAGUAUUAACCAGAAGGACACAGAGGCUUGGUCUUCGAUUACCCUCAGCAAGAGCCAGGCCCCUCCUGGAGGAUGCCCUUUGGAUACUGACCCUGGUCGCUUGACCAGCACCAGCAGCAGCAGCAGCAGCAGCGGCAGCAGCAGCAGUACUAGUAGUAGUUGUAGUACAGUUACUAUGGCCACAGGGGCCAACAGCCAGACAGGCCACUUCCCUGCCAACCUUAGCAGCAAGGCCAACAGUGGAACCAGUCCUGCCAGUCAUACUGGAACCAGCAUGCUCUCUAACCAGGUUGCAGCCAAUCGCAGCUGGGGUUCUGGACCUGGACCCUCCCAUUGCCCCCCUCAGUCCUCAGCGGGGAAUGAAGUAAAGAGUGACAGUCCAGUGGGGGGAGCAGGCAGCAGGGGCUGGGGCUCAUCAUCUUCCACCACCAACUAUAACUUGAACCUAAACCCUAAUGCCAACCCAUCUGCCUGGCCAAUGCUGGGGCAUGAUGGACCUGGUACAGGGGGAGGCAGCUCAGGGGGAGCCAACACCAUUUCACCUCCUCAACCUACACCAAACCUCUGUAAUCAGCCUGGCCCUCCACCAGCCCAGACCAGCACCUGUACUGGAGCCAACACUAACAGCAACUCCUCUGGGAUUGGCAGCGCCUGGGGAGGUUUAAUGACCUCUGACAUGUCAGAGCCACACCCCUCCCCAUCCACGAAUGUGUCUUUCAGUUCAGAACCUCAGAACCUUAAAACUGAUGGACCAAAUCACACUAAUAAGCAGGAACCGUCAAGCCCUAUACACAGCCUGCCUGGCUGGGGUAAUGCACCUGUAGGGAUGAGUUCAAUGGGCCAACCUCCAAAAGGGGGCCCGCAGGUCAAUGGAGAAGAUAGUAGCUCAGUAUGGGGUAACAGUGGCGACUCUAAGGCACCUUCAUCUAAGGAGGCACCUGGCUGGAACUCUGGCUGGGGCCAUGGAGGAGGUGGAGCAGGGAAUACUGGAGGAUGGGGUGACCAGUCCCGUGGAGACUGGGGGAAACAGCACACUGAAGAGGCCCAGGGAAGCUGGGAUACCCCAAGCUCUCCUCCGCAGGAGACAAAGGCUAGUCCUUGGGGCAGAGCUGUGAGCACAGCUGUUGCCAGUGAAGGGAGCAGUGACAGCAUGGAAGGACAUCCCCCAUGCAGAGACUCAUCCAGAGAUAAUCCAGCUCCUCUGCCCCCUGCACAGGAUCUGGACCCCAGGGUGUUGUGUAACACUGGGUGGGGACAGACCCCUGUUCGCCAGCACACCUCGUGGGAUAUGGUUGAGAGUAAACGCAAGAAAGAUGCAGCCACUGAAUCACGGGGCUCUGGCCCAACCACUCCAAACAAUUCCCAGGGGCCCUCCAACACUAGCAUGGGCCCCACUCAGAGGAGUGACCCUGGGAGCAAAAAUGAUGUGCCUGGUUCUCAGGGAGCUUCAGGUUGGGGUGGAAGCAUAGCAGCUACCAACAAGCCCAACUCUGGUUGGGGAGAGCCACCUAACAACAUUAAGCCCCCAGCUGCCCCCAGUGGCUGGGGGAACUCUCCAGCAGGAGGCCCCACCACCAGUGUACCUAAGAAUGGUGGUCAGUCAUGGAGAGAGGAGAAGCCAAGUGGGUGGGACGAUGCUCACAUCAAGGCAACAUCCCAAGGCUGGGGAGAGCAACAAAAAGCCUCCCACGGCUGGGGCAAUAGUGGAGGCAGCAAUAACACUGGUGAUUGGGGAGAACCAGAAGAGAGCAAAAAAAGUCCCACCAACCCUGCCUGGGAAGGCGAGGCAGCAGGCUGGAAGGAAAAGCCACGAGGCUGGGGAAUGCCAGCUUCAGGAUCAGGGAUAUCUGGAGCUGGAGGAAAUGGUGGCUGGGCAGAACCAGUUUCCCAGCGACCCAGUGGCCCUCCUCAAGGAUGGGCUGGCAAGCCUCAGGAUGGGCCCAGUGGUAAUAGUGGAGGAGGGGGCGUAGGCUCUUGGGGUGGCUCAAACUCAGUGAAGCAAGCUGCAGGUCGGAGUGGCAGUAAGCAGGAAUCCUCAGCUGAUCCUACAGGCUGGGAAGAGCCCUCCCCACCUUCAAUCCGACGGAAAAUGGAGAUAGAUGAUGGGACCUCAGCUUGGGGUGACCCUGGUGUCUACAACAAGGCUGUCAACUUGUGGGACAAGAAUAAUCCAGGAAAUUCCCAGGCUAAAGUUCCCACUGGAGGCAAUAAUCCCCCAGUUCCAAACAACAACCAUCACCACUCUCAGAAUCACCCAUAUCACGGGCCACCUGCACCUUUACAGAAUCACAGUCAAAAUUCUCUAAACCCAGGGCCCACCAGUGGGCCAAUGGACCCUGUUGUGCCACACCAGCCUGGGCCAUCUCAUAACAGGGCUCCCCUGAUAACUCAAGGCUGGGGAGAAAUACCAAGCUCCCACACAAAGUCGGAGAGCACUUGGGGGGAACCUGCACCUCCUCCGGUCAGCAUGGACAAUGGGACGUCUGCCUGGAACAAACAAACUGGUAGCUGUGGAGGCUGGAGUGAGGGUAACCAGGACAGCUAUGGCAGGGGCAACCCAGCAAUGACAUCUGCAUCUUGCAAACCUGCCCCCAAACCUAUGCAAGACGGAUGGGGAGGUGGAGGUGGAGGUGAGGAGCUGAGCCUGUCAGGGGGUCAGUGGGAUGCUGAGGAGGGAGACAUGUGGAAUACUGCUCCCUCCCAGGAGAGCAACUCCUCCUGCAACUCUUGGGGCAAUACAUCCAAAAAGGUCCCACAGAAGGUGAAGGUCCCAGGAAAGCAAGAAGAGGCCUGGAUCAUGAAUCGUCUCAUCAAACAGUUGACAGACAUGGGCUUCCCUAGGGAUCCAGCAGAGGAGGCUCUGAAGAGCAACAACUUGAACCUAGACCAGGCCAUGAGUGCCCUGCUGGAGAAGAAGACGGAGCUGGACAAGCGGGGGAUGGGGAUGGCCGGACACGACUACAACAACGGGCUCAUCAACAAGCCCAUGAGCUGCCCUCGGCCCCCGCUUCUUUCCAAAGACCCCUCCGCAGACCCCCGCAUGCCCUUCAUGGAUAAGCAGAUGCAGAGUGGAAUGUUUGGCGGCGGUGGAGCAGCACAAGCCCGGACCAUGCAGCAGACGCAGCAGCCUCCUCAGCCGCCAGUGCCGCCUCUCAGCUCCUCUCAGCCUAGUGUACGUGCUCAAGUGCCUCAGUUUCUCUCCCCUCAGGUUCAAGCACAGCUCUUACAGUUUGCAGCAAAAAACAUUGGUCUCAAUCCUGCACUUUUAACCUCACCAAUAAACCCUCAACAUAUGACCCUUCUGAAUCAACUUUACCAGCUGCAACUGGCAUACCAGCGUUUACAAAUUCAGCAGCAGAUGUUGCAGGCGCAGCGCAAUGUUUCUGGUCCCAUUCGACAACAAGAGCAGCAAGUUGCACGUACAAUCAAUAACAUGCAGCAGCAGAUCCAACAGCACCAGCGUCAGCUGGCCCAGGCCCUGCUGAUGAAGCAUCAGCAACAGCAGCCGCCUCCCUCCCACUCGGGCCUGCAUCCUGGUGGGACCAAAUCCCCCCUGGAUUCAUUUCCAGGUCACCCCCACGCUCCAGGCCUCCCUGACCUGCAGACCAAAGAGCUGCACUCAUCUCCUAACACCUACAGCCCCUACUCUCUCUCCGGACUGAAUCCAAACAUGAAUGUAAACUGUAUGGAGGUGGGAAGUCUGGCUAUGAAGGAACCCCACCAACCCCAAUCGCGCCUGUCGCAGUGGACGCACCCGAACUCCAUCGAAAGCCUUUCUGGUAACUCCUCUCUUCUAGAGCCCAGCCUGGGCAAGCAUGGUGCCAACUUGGGUCCCCCGGGUAAACCCCCACAGCUGGAGGACUCUUACAGUCCCUACAACCUCAUGUCCAGCUCAGACUCUCCUACCAGCCCCCUGGUCCCCGCAGACAAUUGGGGACAGGGCAAAAGUAACAAUGACAAGAUGGCCAAUGGGACCAAUAUCAACUGGCCGCCAGAGUUCUGCCCCGGUGUUCCCUGGAAGGGUCUGCAGAAUAUCGACCCUGAGAAUGACCCCAACAUGACCCCUGGCAGUGUCCCCAGUGGGCCCACCAUCAACACCAAUAUCCAAGAUGUCAACCGCUACUUGCUACGGGACAGGAGUGGAGGAAAACUGUCAGAGAUGAAAUCUACCUGGUCUUCUGGCCCUGUCUCUCAUAGCCAGGCCUCCUUGUCCCACGAGCUGUGGAAGGUCCCUCAGGGGCCCCGGAGCAGCAAUAUAGCCCCUUCACGUCCCCCACCUGGCCUCACCCACAGCAAGCCUUCCUCAACGUGGGGGGGCAACUCCCUGGGUCUGGCCCAAGGCUGGAGCAGCUCUUACACCUCAGCAGGUACCACGUGGAGUACAGACAGCUCCACCAGGACCAGUAGCUGGCUGGUUUUGAGGAACCUCACUCCACAGAUUGAUGGUUCGACACUGCGUACACUGUGCAUGCAGCACGGCCCCCUCAUCACAUUCCACCUCAACCUAACACAGGGCAACGCUGUGGUGCGCUACAGCUCCAAGGAUGAGGCUGCCAAGGCUCAGAAGUCCCUGCACAUGUGCGUGCUCGGGAACACCACCAUCCUGGCAGAGUUUGCUGGGGAGGAGGAAGUGAACCGCUUCUUUGCACAGGGCCAGUCGCUCGGCGUAACAACCAGCUGGCAGGCCACUCCAGGCUCCAAUCAGACAAGGAUGGGUGGGACCGGGUCCGGAGCCCCUCAUCCUAUCGGUCACUCGCCCCACUGGAACAACAACAACAACGGCAGCGGUGGCCUUGGAGGCGGAGCAAAGACAGGCGGGGAGUUGCUUUGGGGUGGCGUGCCACAGUAUUCUAACCUGUGGGGACCCCCAAGUGGAGAGGAUGGACGGAUCAUGGGGAGUCCCACACCAAUCAAUACGCUGCUGCCUGGGGACCUGCUGAGUGGAGAGUCCAUGUAGGACGGAAGAUCCCGGGCGAAAAAACAAACACCAACAGCAAGGAGCAAAAAUCUUUCAAAUCAAUGUGGAGAUAAUCAGUGUGGGUGCAAAAAAUGAAAAGGAGAGACAAGAGGAGGACGAGGCUACAUCCUCGCUGCUCACCCUCGUCAGCCUCCUCUUCUCCUUUAAGUUUUGAAUGACAUUUCAGUUGCAGUUCUUAUGUGAAUCUCAGCGAGGGAUUUUGGUCACAGUGUUCAGCUUUUACUUUUGGAGACACAAGAAGUCUUUUCAUUCAACGAGGAAAGAGUACUUUUUACAGACAUGAACUUUUUCGAGAUCUCGCCGCCAUCUUUAGACCUGCGUAAUCCUUCUCUGCCUUUUGAGGCGAAUCAUACUGCACCUCAGAGAUCCGUGGAAAAGGCAUCAUUCCCAAAGUAAAACCCUUCAAUCAGAGUGGUGGUCGAACUUUCAGCUGGUCCAGACUCGACACAUUUGUUCCUCUCAGCACUAAUAUUAGCCUUAACCUCUUUCCUGCCCUGCUAUCCUCAUUCACUCUGUACUUGGUGAAGAAGCAUACGGACACUUGCACACCCUUAUUUCUGAGCCAGUGAAACCUGAGUGGAAAGUACAUGCUGCUGCUGCUCUUUAACGUAAGCAACCACAGCUCACGACUUCAGUGCAUUUUUUUGCAAGCAGAUUGAGUUCCUCAGUUCGCUCAAAGGGAAUGAUGCAACUCUGUUCGCCUUGUUCAAGCCAUUUAUUUUUGUAUUGUUUUUUCUCUCUUCUUCUUGAACCAUUGCAAACAAAGCUAAUGAAAUUAUUCAGAUGUGUCUGUCAAUCGUACUCGGUGGGGGGCAUAUGUUUUUUUUUGGGGGGGGUCAACGCUUGUACAGACAGUUAUGGACGUGGAGGACGACACAAUGAACCACUGCUAUUACUAUGGAACUGUAAAGACAAACACUUCAGCGCACCUCAACUCAUCUGUGGGGAAACCUCGCAGUUUGUCUCUGACCCUCUCACUGAUGUAGUGGAGAGAGAGAAAAAAAAAAAAAUCAAAAACGGUGUGUAAUCAACGACCCCACCCCAACCCCCCCACCCCCC